CGAGAGAGUGGCCGCUUUGUUGCCACGCCACCAACUCUUCGUCUCUUUGUCAUCAUCCAUUCGAUCGCCACCCACCAUUAGAAAUGAAGGUUUGGUGAUAGCGCGUGCCUCCCACAGGCUCCCUCGUCUCUCAGCCGUGCCCUCCAGAGCCGCUUUCUCUCUAGGAAAGGAAAGCCAUGGGGUUCUCUGCGGUUUCCUUGAGCCUCGGCGGUGGCGUCUCCCUGCCGUCUUCCGGCCGGCCGGCGACGCAUAGCACCAGCGUGGGCAGAGGGCGUGGCGCCUCCAGGUUGGUGAUGGUCAGGGCGGAGGCGCAGGGCAUUAACCCAGAGAUCAGGAAGAACGAGGAGAAGGUCGUCGACUCCGUUCAAGUCUCCGAGCUGUCCAAGCCCGUCACUGCCUACUGCAGGUGCUGGAGGUCGGGGACGUUCCCUCUCUGCGACGGCACCCACGUGAAGCACAACAAGGCCACCGGUGACAACGUCGGCCCUCUGCUUCUCAAGAAGUAGAAAACCAAAAAAAGAAAAAAAAAAAAAAAGAGUUGUUCUUUUUUCUUGGCCUAUUUCUGCUACCUCUUUGAGAAAAUUGGGUUUCAGGUUCCUUCCCUCUGUAUGGACUUCCAUGUUUCAUCUUCUUCCAAUUUAGAUUUGAGAAAAUCAAAAUGUUCUGUUGAGUUAA